AUGCAAAUUCGACCUUUGUGUCCGGAACUGGCAGAGAAGGCUCGGGUUGAACUCAAUGAAGAUUCACAGAGGAUUGCUAGUGAUGUGCAGCAUAUUAAGGAUUGGUUGGCAAAGCAGCCGCACCUACGCGCUAGAUCAGAUGACCAAUGGCUAAUAGGAUUCUUACGGGGCUGUAAAUAUAGCCUGGAAAGAACAAAGGAAAAGUUGGAUUUAUACUACUCUAUGCGUAAUCUAGCCCCAGAGCUGUUCAUAUUGAAGCCUACUGAUUCUGUUCUAAAAGAAAUUAUGGAUUUGGGAGUUUAUAUUGUAUUGCCGAAAUCUGCAACGCCUGACGCGCAACGGGUAGCAAUCAUUCGGCCUGGUGUUUAUAAUCCAGAUAAAUUUAAAAUGACUGAUAUAUUCUGUGUAUCAGUAUUGAUACAAAGGAUUUUAAUGGUGGAAGACGAUUCUGUUAUAAUAUCUGGCAUGCGGACAAUACUGGAUUUAGAAGGAGUUACGAUGUCGCAUUAUUUACAAAUGACACCUAGUGUUAUGAAAAGAAUGGCAGUACUAUCACAGGAUGCUAUGCCAAUGCGUAUGAAAGGAACUCAUUAUAUAAACACUCCACCUGGAUUCGAAACAAUUUUUAACGCUAUUAAGACUUUACUCAACGAGAAAAAUAGAAAAAGGCUUUAUGUUCACAAUAAAAAUUAUGAGGAAAUGUACGAAAGCGGUAUAUGCAAAGAGGAGCUGCCUGUGGAGUAUGGUGGAAAUGGGGGAACUAUAAAAGAAAUAAUUGAAUAUUGGAAAAAUAAGGUACAGAACGAGUACAGUUCAUGGAUCGAGGAAGACUCAAAAUUCGGUACUGAUGAGUCUAAGCGACCCGGACAACCUAAGACUGCUGACGGACUCUUUGGCGUUGAAGGAUCAUUCCGACAGUUAAAUUUUGAU